CGCAUUCCCAUAUUAACCACCUCUAAGUGGCAACCAUGCAGCGUGGCACCUCACACGCUCCGUCAUCACCACCAACAAACACCCCUUGUUCUUGAUAUCCACCGUUUCUUUGGUUUGUCGAUCUUCGGGACGCGUUUGUUUCGAUCAUUUGUUCGGCGAUGAUGGCGACAACACCCUCGAUUUUUACUAUUCUCAACUGCGAUUGCUGUCGGAGGCUGUUUGGAUCCGAAGAUAACCCUUUCAAGAAGGCGUUUCUGAUGAAAUUUCUUCGUGGUGUUAUGGAUGUGUAUAGACGUGACGAUGAUGAUGAAGAUGGUAUUAGGGUUACUUCGAUUACCAGAAUGGUGUUUCCUUCUGGGCUUCUUCAAUCGACUGAUCAUCACCUUCUUUAUCUUACGGAAAGUUCAACAGGGCUCAGAGAACUCUCCCUACAUCUUGGGAGAAUAUUAAACAUGGAGGAUUUUCAAGGGCAAUCCACUACUGGAACGGGAGGGAGGAGAUGUCAAUUGGUCCAGUUUUAUGCAAUAAUGGCAUUUUUUCGUAUCAUUGUAGCGACAGGCAUAAACUGCAAGCAGCUAGAAGCCCUAGAAUUGUUAGGCUUGGUCUUAACUCAACAAUUGUCUCCUGAAACUUCAAUUUUAUUGUUCAUAUUCGACAGGCAUAAACUGCAAGCAGCUAGAAGCCCUAGAAUUGUUAGGCUUGGUCUUUACUCAACAAUUGUCUCCUGA